AUGCUGAUCUAUAAACGGCUACUUUAUAGUAUUAUUUUCCUGAGUCUGAGUCUCGGUCAAGAGAACAACACGGAAAACCGGUAUUCAAGAUCCGUGGUGAAUAUGGACGAACUUCUGAAAAUGGAAGAAAGUCUGGUUCUCAAUUUGGAAAAUUUCACGGCUGUCCUUUCCCAGAAAGCCAAAAUCAUUAGGUGGGGUAUUCAAAAAAUGGAAGAAAUGCACCACAAGUUGCAGACAGGAUCAUCGGAAUUCUGUUCCAGCCCGUUCAUCAGUUAUUCCUUAAUCCGUCACAUGCAGGCGGAUUGGUUGAUGUGGCAAGAGUAUCUGGAAAGGCCCAUGGGUCUGGGUUUGUAGUUACAUUAAAUAAGGUUUUCUUUGGUUUUGAGGUCCUCUUUGUGCAGAACAAUUGGCCUUUUUGUAUCAACAAAUUCCACGAAGCCACAGGAACAUGACUUUUUCGAUGCUGCUGAUGGAAUUACAAGAAUGCAGGGGACAUACCAACUGUUGGCAGGUGAUAUAGCCAGUGGUUUACUAGAUGGAGUGCAAUACAACUCCUCGCUGGCAGCUGUUGAUUGUCUGAAAUUGGCCCGCGAUCUGAUGGAGCAAUCAUAUUUAACAUCUGCAGAGGAGUGGAUUUUAGCAGGAAUUAAAGUCUAUGAUCGCCCAGGUGUUCAGAGGGAAAUGCACUUGCUAAGGGGACCAAAUAGGGCUGAACUGUAUAGAACACUAGGACAAGUGCGGAUGGAGCAGAAAAAUUAUGAGGGUGCCUUGGAGGCAUAUCAGCACGACAAGCAAAUAUUUCAAGAAUAUUAUAACUUGGAAAGAGAAGUACUAACUUCUCCUGAAACCAAACCGAUCACAAGUGAACAAGAUGCGGAGGACGAGGUCUUUGUACGUGCACAGUUGCCACUCUGUUGCAGUGGUCGAUGUGAAGUUCCACGAGAACUUAGGAAACUUUAUUGUGUUUACAACCAUGUAACCGCACCUUUCCUGCGAUUAGCCCCCAUCAAAACAGAAAUCCUCUCGAUUGAUCCUUUCGUGGUGCUCUUACAUGACAUGAUUUCCCCAAAUGAGACCGCGCUGAUACGUUCUUCUAGCAAAAAGAGCCUUUUGGCAUCCGCCGUAUAUAGUGUAGCGACCAAAAGCUUGAAAGUCGCUUCUUCCCGAUUUUCAAAGUCUGUAUGGUGGGAUAACAACUUUAACGAGGCGACCCAGAAGAUAUCUGAGCGCUUACAAAAGGCGACUGGUUUGGAUAUGAACUACACGGAACCCUUCCAGGUCAUUAACUAUGGAUUAGGGGGCUUCUUCGAGAUGCAUAUGGACUUGAAGCUUUCAAGAAAGGAACUUUCCAAAGGAAAACCGGACCGAAUGGCUACCACAAUCUUUUACCUGAGUGAUGUUCUUCAAGGAGGAGCCACCUUUUUUCCAAGACUAAACUUGACGGUUUUUCCAAAGUUCGGGUCGGCCCUCUUUUGGUACAAUUUUGACAGCAGGGGUGAACAGGAAAUCCGCACGAUACAUACGGGCUGUCCUGUCAUCGCAGGUUCCAAAUGGGUUGUAAGCAAGUGGAUUGAAGAUGUUGGACAAGAGUUCAGAAGACCUUGCAUCAACUCGAAUUCAAGCACUAAAGAUAUUUUAUCUAUUGAAACACUUAUAAUCUAGUGAUGAACUUUAUAUUUAUUUUCUAUAUAUUCAAACUUACUCAAUAAAAUGUUAAAUCUUGACAAUUUAAAAUAUAGAAAAGCAAA